AUUUUGAAAAGUCGGUUGAGCUCCCCUUCAAGCAUGGGCAUGUUUCUUUGAGAGGGAACGGUUCUACACAGAGCCGUUGUCUUUGCUAAAAGAUCUUAUUUGAAAGCUGUAGAAACCCGCUGUUUUAUUUGCCCAGUGCACAAGCAGGCUAGCCGUGACAGCGUCCGACGGGUUUUGACGUGCUAAACUUCAGCUAGUGCGCUAAUCCUGGCAGCGUUAGCCGUAGAUUAGCCACCAGCCGCUGCGCGGAAAAGGCCUUUUUGUCCCUCGGCGGAGUCCGUAGCAGAUCUGCGAAGUUCGAGGCGGCCCUGCGACGCUGGAAGUUAUUUCGGGGUAGUUUUGGGGUUUUUUCCCACUAGUUAAGGCGUUCCGUCGUCUUUUCUUUAGCGUUACACUGUCCUGGGUCUGUUCGGACGACGGAAAGUGACCAAAACCCGCGAGUCUGACCCUGAAGAACCCGAGUCUCCGCUCCGUCCGUCCACUUUACAGCAUCGACCAACGGAAAACCGUGACAGACCGUUAAAGCUCGAGCCGUUGAAACCGGCCGUGGGAGCCAGGAUGGUGUGAAGGUUCCCAAGAGCUGCUAUAAGGGAUGCAGAAAUGGCAGAGCUGCGAUGCAGAAAGACGGGAGAGAAGAAGGAGGAGGAGGAAGCUGCAUUUGAAGUAGAUCAGCAGCAUCGCAAAGAAGGUGUCACGAAAGAUGAGGAUCAUCCUGAUCAUGCUGCAGACGGGGCCCCCAGCAGUACAGCGGAGGAGACAUGCACAGAUGCUGGCGGCACCUCAACAGAGGAGACUGGAACAGGUGUAGCAGGAGCAGACGGCUCCUCGCCUGCUGAGGCAGAGGAUGAAGAACAGACCAUGUCCUCAGCCAAGAGAGCGCAGAAAAACAGCAAAUCUUUACUUUUUCAGCGGGUAGUGAAGGUAUUUAUCGGUUGCCUCGCAGCUGUCACAUGUGGGAUGAUGUAUGCUGUCUAUCUGUCCACUUACCACGAGAGGAAGUUCUGGUUCUCCAGCCGACAGGAGCUGGAGAGGGAGAUUACCUUCCAGGGAGGCAGUGGCCUUUAUUAUUACUACUAUAAACACAUGCUCUUCGCUUCUUCGUUUGAGAGGGGUGUGUAUGAGCUGACGCGGGAUAACAGGACUGUGUCUGGUCAGACCAUAAAUGCAGUGGAGCAGCUGUCUCUCUACCCAGAGCUUCUCAGCAGCCUGCUCUACAAACUCAGUGGCAGCCAGGAUGCCAUUGAGCCGGUGUAUUUCUACAUAGGUGUGGUGUUUGGGCUGCAGGCCGUGUAUGUGACCGCCCUGUUCGUCUGCAGCUGGGUGAUGAGCGGCACCUGGGUGGCUGGCAUGCUGGCAGUGGCCUGGUACAUCAUCAACAGGCCAGACACAACCAAAGUGGACUAUGCAAUCCCUCUGCGGGACAACUGGGCCCUCCCCUACUUCUCCUGCCAAGUAGCUGCUCUAACUGGUUUCCUUAGCAACAGCAUCAGCUCCGCUACAGAGAUGUUCUGUUACCUGCUGAUGAGUGUGACGACAUUCACCUUCAUCGUGAUGUGGGAGCACAGCCACUAUGUACUGUUUGUACAGGGAGUCGCAAUUCUGCUGCUGGACUGCUUUGACCUUGUUCCAGCCCGCAAGACGGCAGACAUUCAUAAGGUGUACCUGAGCUCUUUGUUGCUGGCCUAUGUUCUGCAGUAUCAGAGACCCAGUCUACUCUCCUGUCCACUACUCAGCCUGCUUGUAGCCAGCCUGCUGGCCAGGUACCUCCAGCAAAACAUGAAAAUGGGCCCCCUAGUGGCGAGACUGAUGAAGAUUGUGCUGCACCUCUACCUUGUCUUCACCACAGGCAUUACCUUCAACUAUCUGGUCAAGAAGAUUCUUCCAGCGAACCAGAGUGAUUUCAUAUUGAAAUUUCUGGAGGUAAAGUUUGGACUGAACACAACUACGGAGUUCAUCCCAAACCUGCUGUUGUGUGAGGAGGGUUUUCAGUCCCCAGGACAAGAUUUCUUCCUGCGCCUCACCCAGGCCUCUGUCCUGCCUUUCUAUGUGCUGGUGCUUCUAGUGUGCCUACUCUCAACCUUGCAGACUAUCUACAGAAGACUCAGUGGUGAGCGGUUGAAAGGCAGCGUGCGGAUGGAGGACGGGCGGAUAGGAGAGCGACCGGAAGUCAUUUACCAUGUGCUCCACACGCUGCUGUUCGGAGCUCUUGCUAUGCUGUUCCAGGGGACAAAGUACCUUUGGACGCCGUAUGUGUGUGCCUUCACCGCGUUUGGUGUGUGUUCUCCGGAACUCUGGAUGACCGUGUUCAGAUGGAUUAGACUAAAGUCUGUCCAUCCUGUAGUGCUGGCACUAAUAUUGAGCACGGCAGUACCGACCAUCAUUGGCUUCAGCUUGUGGAGAGAGUAUUUCCCACGCGUGCUGUCUGAGCUGACCGAGGUGCAGGAGUUUUAUGAUCCUGAUACGGUAGAGCUCAUGAACUGGAUAAAAAGUCAGGCUCCGCUAACAGCUGUAUUUGCUGGUAGUCCUGCACUGCUGGGCACGGUCAAACUUUGCACGGGGUGGCCUGUCACCAGCCUGCCUCUCUACACGGACCUCAGCCUUCUGCAGAGGAGUGAGAGUACGUAUCAGGUGUAUGCCAUGCGCUCUGCUGAGGAAGUCUACAAGCUGCUGACGGCUCAGAAGAGCAGCUACGUCAUCAUUGAAGAGGAGCUGUGUAAUGAGUUGAGUCCUGUCAGAGGCUGCAGGAUCAAAGACCUGCUCGACUACGCCAAUGGCCAUGUGGUGUAUGAUAAUGGUGAAAUGUAUACGUUCUCCAAGCACGGCCGAUUCUGUCAUGAGAUCAAAAUGAACUACUCCCCAUACACAAACUACUUUACUCGAGUGUUCUGGAAUCGCUCGUACCACGUCUACAGAGUCAACUCCGUCAUUUCUUUCCAGUACUGAGGACUGCUGCUUCCCCAUUCUUUCUGUCUUUCUCCUUCUCCAUAACUAGCUCCACCAGACUCCUGGAGCAUGGGAUGAGAAAUCCCAGAAGACCUUUAAACAGAUUUUAAUAUUGUUCAUCAGAUUUUAGUUAUGCGCAAUGACUUUUGGUGCUGUGAUGUGUGAAUGUGUAUGUCUGUGAGUGGGUCAGUGUGCGUGUUUGUGUGUGCAUGUGCACAUCUGUGCCCACUUCCUGUCCUCGGUCCUCAUUUACAGUCGCAGGACGGGGUCUGCAGUGCUACCUGAGCGCGUUUUAAGAAUCGGGGUGGUGAAUAAGCAGGCGGGCUUUGUUGGUUUUGUUGCCGUCAUGCUGUCCACUGUUCUGUUUGUCGCAGUAAUUUUUGAUCGACACUUUAAGGAGAGAGGUGUGGAGAUCUCUCCCCUCUCGACAGCUCGGUGCAGGUUAAAAUAAGUUUGUGAAAAAUCAAAUUUACCCCCAUGUAGCCGUUCAUUCAAGACAUUUGGUGUCCAGAUUUUGUUUCUUUUAGUUCAGACCUGAAGCUACAUGUGUACCGUUGCUAACAAUCACUAGAACUACUGGUCACCCAAGUAGCUGUUUCCGUAAAAAUGCAUCUUUAAAACUUUUCUCAGACCCAUUCAAACCAUAGCCAGGCCUUUAUUAAGUUCAAAUAGACGUUGAUAUAAUUUAGAGCACAAUAUGACAUGCGGGCUGAUAAUCCAUUAAUAAUCUGACUAAUAGCUCAAUCAGAAUAGAAUGAAGAAUGUCCACAUAUGCACCUCAUUUGUAAUAGGCUAGUCCAAUUUAGGCCAUUUGGAAUACAGUUUUCAUCCAAUUGAACGAGGUGGGUAAACCUGUAAUUAAUCAUUUAAAUAAAAGAAUAAUAACCGUGUAAACGCCUGUAUUCGCUAACAUUCCCAGUCGGAAAGUUUAAGUACAUUCUGUGCAUGUAUGUUCGUAUCAUAGCGAAAGUGUAUACAAAGUUUGUGCUUUGAUCUUUAAAAGACGGCGGUGGGACGUGCGUCCAGCUUAUGUGUCUCAGAAAACAACGUCUUCCUCUCCGCCAAGUACGUGAAGUAUGUUUUUCUGAAUCUGCCAUAUAUUCAAAGUUAUUAAUACACAAGCUCACCUGAAAGCCUAGAUGAUGCACUGCGGCUCGUCUCACGCAGACUGGACUCACAUGAUGCUCGUUGUCAUGGUAACGUCUACACCAAGUGGUACCUAGUGGUCAUUUUGGAUUGGAUUGCUUGUUGUGUGCAUGUACACAGAUUUUUCAUCAGACUUUUGAGUAGAGUGAUCAGAUAAACACCUCAGUCUUAAUCUAUAAUUGGACUAUUCAGUUGGAUCUGAGCAGAUUGAGAGCUAUUUUGGUAAUGUAAUGUAUUUGGGCUAUUUGGGUGACUACUGAAUGCUACUGUUUGUUAGCAGAGUUAGCCUCGCUGCUGCCGUUCUGAAGAGACUAAAUUUAGACUUUUGGCUCUUUAGCAUUUAUUUAACUCUUAAACUACUGAACGUGUCUUGGCUGAUCGGCUACACCCGGGCAAAGUGCAACAGUGUAAAUAUGAUUUUUCGCUGAAUCUUUUCUUUAAUAAGAAAUAGAAAAAGGGUCAAAAGUGGCAGUGCUGUGUUUUAAGUCGGAAUUGUGGGUAGUAUAUAGGGGUGCAACAGUGCAUUGCGAUAUCACAGUGUUAAUCUGAGACGGUGUGCGUUGUAGAGAGUGGAUGUUCUAUUAAUAUGCCAUCUAAUGCAAUUGUUUGACCAAAGUUUGCAACUGAUUACUGUCAAUUCAUAACUCACUCCACCACUCCUCCUACAUCUCAGCUUUAGCGUUUGUGCAAGAACAUAAAAUGUUCGUUUUCCUUUAGUUGUUAAAAAUAUUGUGAGAGUACCGGAAUAUGAGCACAGUGUCAUGAAUAGAAUCGAAUCAGGGGAUGAGUGUAUCUUUCCACCCAUAGGCGUGUGGUUUUUGUAUGUGGUAAUUAUGGGGAGUGCAGGCUGGUUCUGUGACUGCCUCAAAGUGGAGACUUGGGUUCUCGUGCCUGGUUUUCACGUUAGAUAAAUAAAAUCAAAUUUACACAUUUUCCCCGUAUCUGAAAGUAUGUUGCUUAGCUAAAAACAGUAGUAGCAGCCAUGAAGCCUGAAUAUAGUCUGUACCUGUAUCCAUUUUAUAUAGACUGCCGUGUCAACCGUGUCAGACACGAGAGGCUGGCCGAGAUUAUUCAACAAUGACCGUUUGAAGCAAAUGUUUAAUGGUGUAGGCAUGCAGUUCAUACUAUUUGCUGUGGUAUCAGCUCCCAGUACUAGUUAGCUACAUUAGCUCCUGCAUAAAACUAAAACCGGCAACUUCAUCAGACCCAUAUUGGCUGAUUGACUUCAAAAGGACUACGAGGGGGAAACUGUAUAAACUAGAUUUUUUUUCACAGCACUACUGCUAUGUCUUGUAUCAUAUGCGACUGUAUCUAUGUGAAAGAGAAAGCACUCUCAGCCAUUAUUGUGGCUAAUCUCUUCAAGGGGAAGUCCUCCAAGUUUUCAAAAUGUCUGAAAAUUCAGUUGACGGGAUGUAAAGUCAUUCAGAGUGGUUUAAUGCGAAAUGGUGCACUGAUUGCUUUGCAGUUGAGAUCCAGGAGUCGCAAUGUCUUCAACACAAAUGUGUCACUGCUUUCAGAACAAAACCUCAUAUCUCUGAAAUGGGAACUUUACAGGAGAAGGAAUAAACCUACUUUACUUUUAAUGUAAGUCAAUGGAACCAGAAUUUUUUCCAAGUAAUUUUGGGUUGCUUCUUUUGGUCCAUUCAUCAUGAAAUUUAUACGCAGUGUAAAGGGGAACAGGCAUUUUCAACUUAUGAAAAAACCGACAAAAAUGGAUAUUAAGGUUUUGUUCCGACCGCAGCAAUAUGUAAUUCUGAUGAUUUGUAAAACAGGUAAAAAAAAAUUUGGGCAGCUGUUUUGGCCUGGAUGUACCUUUCUGCCAUGAAUGGAUUAAAAAUAUACAUUUUAGGCCAAAACCUUAUCUCAGAACUGUCGGAAAACAAAGUCACAUUCAUCAGGCAGUAUAUUGGUAACUAUUGAUCUUAAUAGUUUGAUAAGAAGGAGCAUUUAGAUGUUUUUAAGUGCUUCAUACAGCUGAUUCUGAACAGGUCUGACUUGGUAGUUCUCUUCAGAACAGAGCAGUUUGCAUCAAGCCACUCUGAAUGACCGUGUUUACUUCUUAGCCAUUAAUAAUAAUUAUGCAGACACUUUGAAAAAUCUGAGGACUUCCCCUCAAGUUGCGCCUUUACACUGAUGCAUGGCCAUUUUUUAUUUACUUUACUUUUUUCCCCGAACAUGGUCUCCCAAGUUAUCUUUGUCUAAAACUCAGGACGGCACCGCUGUUGUAAGUGACCACAGACUGCACGUGCUUCCUCUUGUGCAGCAGGAGGCUUCCAUAAGCAUUUUAAGGUGUUCCCAUAGCCAGCCUGAUGUAAGGAUCCAGUUGAUGGAUGGUCUAAACCAUGGUUCCUUCAGGAUGUGACGCAGUUUGGACAUAAAGCCACGUCUGACCACCUUUUAAAAUGAGUUAAACGUUGGAUCUGGCUGGAGGGGGAGCUCAACAGCGCAAGAUAACAACUUCCUUCCACACAGAGCUCAUUUUCAAUGCAGUGUCCAAAAACAUGGUGCACUUGGUUUUCUGGUUUUCUUGCGGAGGGAUGAGUAAUGGGAAAGUGAGUUUCGUAAAUGAGCUCUGCUUUAUUUUAUGCUUCUUUGAUGUUUUUGUGUUUUUGUUACUAAAUCAUGGUGAUGUAGUACCUGUUCUGAGAAUGAAACACACUUGCAUAAUGUCGGUGCCUUUGUUUUUGUUCCUGUAUUAGUCUCUGCCUUUGGGGCUCAGCUUCAUGGUCCCGUUUCAUUUGUUCUGUGGAUGAAUGCUGCAUAAUUUGGUAAAUCUGCAAAUGUAUGGAAUCCGUCUGAUCCUCAAAACAUGCGAUUGUAUCUGAAAAGUCUUACCAGUGUUCACUGGCAGAGGUGUUUCAUUGCAAAUACUAACUCUACUACUACUACUGCUGGUGAAACGCCGUCUCCAGGCUGUGAUCAUGUGAUGUUUUGCUGUGAACAGUACAUGGUCAUAUUAAAAAAAGAAAAAAACAAACCA